GGGCAUAAGAAAUUUUUAGAGCGCGCAAGGGGAGUGUGCAUCGGAACCAAAAUAGUAAAUUUCCACUUUUGCAUAAAAAAAGUAUCAUACACUAUCUAUUCCCUUAAAUCAAAGAAAUUAUUACAUUUGUUUAAAUUGCGGUCGGUAUAAUGUCACAAUAUCAUUAUGUGGUCACGGCACAGAAACCGACGGCUGUUGUGGCUUGCGUUACCGGAAAUUUUACUUCGCCCACAGACCUCAAUUUAAUAAUAGCCCGAAAUAGUCAGUUGGAAAUAGAUUUGGUUACGCCAGAGGGUUUGCGUCCAUUGAAGGAAGUAAACAUCUAUGGUCAAAUUACAGUGAUGAAACAUUUUCGUCCCCAAGAUAGCAAAAAGGAUCUAUUGUUUAUUCUUACUCAUCGUUACAAUGUAAUGAUAUUGGAAUGCCGCAUGAUUGGUGACCAGAUCAGCGUCGUUACCAAAGCACAUGGCAAUGUUUCACAUCAAUACAGUCAAAUUACCGAUGGAGGUGUCAUGGCUGUUAUCGAUCCCAAAGCACGUGUUAUUGGUAUGUGUCUGUAUAUGGGUUUAUUUACCAUUAUACCAUUGGACAAGGAGACAAGUGAAUUGAAAGCAACAAACUUGAGAAUGGACGAAUUAAAUGUUUACGAUGUUGAAUUUCUAUAUGGAUGCAUAAAUCCAACAAUUAUUGUCAUACACAAAGACAAUGAUGGUCGUCAUGUAAAGACACAUGAAAUAAAUUUGCGGGACAAGGAAUUCAUGAAGAUUGCCUGGAAGCAAGAUAAUGUAGAAACAGAGGCUACCAUGCUAAUACCUGUACCAACACCUUUGGGUGGUGCCAUUGUUAUUGGAAGAGAGUCGAUUGUGUAUCAUGAUGGCAGCAGUUACCUUGCCGUUGCUCCAGCUACAUUUAAGCAUAGUACAAUUAACUGUUAUGCUCGAGUUGAUAGUAAGGGUCAACGCUAUUUAUUGGGCAAUAUGUAUGGCCAAUUGUUUAUGCUGUUCCUGGAAACAGCUGACAAUGGAAAAGGAUGUUCUUCUGUAUGUGAAAUCAAGGUAGAACUAUUGGGUGAAAUUUCAACCCCCGAAUGCAUUACAUAUCUUGAUAAUGGCUUCCUUUUCAUCGGAUCGAAACAUGGUGAUUCGCAACUGGUACGCCUUAGCACAACACCUAAUGAAAAUGGAUCGUAUGUCAUACCUAUGGAGAAUUUUACAAAUUUGGCUCCAAUAUUGGAUUUAGCUGUGGUUGAUUUGGACCGCCAAGGUCAAGGGCAAAUAAUAACAUGCUCGGGAACCUUCCAAAAUGGCUCACUAAGAAUUAUAAGAAUUGGCAUUGGUAUUCAAGAACAUGCUUGCAUUGAUUUGCCCGGCAUUAAGGGUAUGUGGUCGCUUAAAGUGGGCAUCGAUGAUAGUAACUAUGAAAAUACCUUGGUCUUGGCAUUUGUGGGACAUACGCGUAUAUUGACCUUGACCGGCGAAGAGGUGGAAGAGACUGAUAUUCCCGGUUUCCUAAGCGAUCAGCAGACGUUCCAUUGUGCUAAUGUGGAUCAUGAUCAGAUUAUACAAGUAACUCCCGUGACUGUGCGUCUCAUCAAGAGCACCACCAAGAAUCUGGUCUACGAAUGGCAGCCAAGUGGUGGCAAACGUAUUGGUGUGGUCUCAUGCAAUGCUCAACAAAUUGUCAUAGCCUCUGCCCGCGAUGUCUUCUAUUUGGAAAUUGAAGAUGAGAAAUUGGUACAAGUUUCUCAAAAAACUUUGGAAUAUGAGGUGGCCUGUUUGGAUAUAACCCCACUGGGCGAAGGCAAAACACGUUCGAACCUUUUGGCCGUAGGCUUAUGGACUGAUAUAUCGGCUGUCGUUUUAACAUUGCCAAAUUUGGAAAUAUGUCAUACGGAAAAACUGGGCGGAGAGAUUAUUCCUCGCUCGAUUUUAAUGACAACCUUUGAGGGCAUUCAUUAUCUAUUAUGUGCUCUGGGCGAUGGCUCAAUGUUCUAUUUUAUUAUGAGUGAAGAACGUGGCGCUUUGAGUGACAAGAAACGUGUUACGUUGGGUACACAACCCACAACUUUGAGAACAUUUAAGUCCUUUGCCACCACAAAUGUAUUUGCCUGUUCGGAUAGACCUACGGUUAUAUAUUCGUCCAAUCAUAAAUUGGUAUUCUCCAAUGUUAAUCUUAAAGAGGUGAAUCACAUGUGCUCUUUGAAUGCCCAAGCCUAUCCAGACAGUUUGGCACUGGCUACAAAAAAUUCUGUUAUCAUAGGCACAAUCGAUGAAAUCCAAAAAUUACACAUACGCACUGUCCCAUUGGGCGAAGGACCACGACGUAUAGCCUACCAAGAGAGUUCUCAGACAUUUGCCGUCGCCACCAUGCGAAUAGAUGUGCAGGGCAGAGGUGGUCCCAAGCCAACAAGAGCCAGUGCUUCAACACAAGCUCAAAAUAUAACAUAUGCAUCGAAUAUAGUGCCUAAACCGGGAGCUGGUAGUACAUCGACCACUAAUGCUGAAAUUGGUCAAGAGCUUGAAAUCAACAAUCUCUUGAUUAUCGAUCAAAAUACCUUUGAGGUUUUACAUGCCCAUCAAUUUAUGCCCUUGGAAUCGAUUUUGUCUAUAAUGUCAGCACAACUGGGUGAUGACCCCAACUCGUAUUAUGUUGUCUCAACUGCUUUGGUGUAUCCCGAUGAACCCGAGCCUAGUGUUGGCCGAAUUAUAAUAUUCCAUUAUCAUGAUGGUAAACUAACACAAGUGGCUGAAACUAAAAUCGAUGGCGGUUGUUAUUCCAUGGUAGAGUUUAAUGGUAAAGUCUUGGCGGGCAUCAAUAGUUUUGUGCGACUCUACGAAUGGACAAAUGAAAAGGAAUUACGUAUGGAGUGUAAUAUACAAAAGAACAUAACGGUAUUGUGUUUGAAAGCCAAAGGUGAUUUCAUAUUAAUUGGGGACCUUAUGCGCUCUAUAACACUGUUGCAGCACAAACAAAUGGAGGGAAUUUUUAUUGAUAUAGCUCGCGAUAGUGAUCCCAAAUUUAUGACAGCCAUUGAAAUUUUGGAUGACGAUACCUUCUUGGGUUCCGAGGAUAAUGGCAAUCUCUUCGUAUGCCAAAAAGAUAGUGCUGCUACGACCGAUGAAUUGCGCUCGGAACUUCUUGAAGUUGGCCGAUUCCAUUUGGGUGAUUAUGUGAAUGUUUUUCGCCAUGACUCACUGGUCAUGCAAAAUGUAGGCGAACGAACCACGCCCAACCAGGGUUGCGUAUUGUAUGGCACCGUUAUGGGUGCCAUUGGUAUUGUUACACAAAUACCUCAAGACUUUUAUGAAUUUCUCCACAGUCUGGAGGAUCGGCUAACGAAUGUCAUCAAGUCUGUGGGUAAAAUAGAUCAUGCAUAUUAUCGUAGUUAUCAGACCACACAAAAAACGGAACCUUGUGAAGGCUUUAUUGAUGGUGAUCUAAUAGAGAGUUUCUUAGAUUUGAAUCGGGAUAAAAUGAAGGAAUGUGUACAGGGUUUAGAGGUUACCAUGAAUGGAGAGAAAAAGGAUGCCGAUGUUGAUGAUGUCAUAAAAAUCGUUGAAGAUCUUACAAGAAUGCAUUAAGCAUGCGAGUGUUGAUUCAACUCUAGUUAUUUAGCUAUGUAAACCGCGAUGUUUUUUUUUUUUUGAAUAAUUAUGAUUUCCCUUUCCCCUUUUUUAGUUUCUACCAAUUUAUAGAUCUUUAUGCUAGGAAUUGCCCUAUUAUUUUUACUUUCAACUGAACCAAUGGGAUUAAAAAUAAUUACAAAUGAUUUAGUUCAGAGUUAACGGCCUAUUUUGCUUUAAGUUUCUUCGAUUGAUUCGAUUGCCUAAGUUUUUGUUUGGUUUCAAUACACAAUGCUCUAAUGGGUUGAUUAUGGAUUGCAACUCAACUGGAGUUGCGUUGCCAGGUGAUAAAACCUUGAUAUGAAAAUUAGUUUAAUGUUGGAAAUUUUUGUUAAGUGCAGUCAAUAUGAUGGUUUUGAACAUUCACCUGGAAAUUUUCACUACAAAUUUGCCCGGCAAAUCAAGCGAGCAAAUCAAACGGCAUAUCAAGCAGAUCUAGACAACAUUCAUGCAGACACGGUAGCAGAUGCGGUAAAUAGCUACCAGGUGAAUGUAGUCCUUGGAGAACGACCACCUCCCGCGACCGUCUCAAGCAGACGAAAGAUAGAACACAACAACAACGUUGGCAAAGCAACUGAAGUUGGGUUGCUAAUCGACCCCUAAUAUUGUCUUAUAUACUGCGUUUAUAUAAAUAAAAUCGAAUUAUAUUAAUAAUUUAUAAUUGAAAACUAUUAUCUAUUAUUAAAUAUUACUACAAUAUAUUAUUCUAUCUAUACUAUUAUAAUUAUAAAACCAUUUUAAAUGUGACCUUUAAAAAAGGUCUAUUACAGUUCAAUGUUCGAACACCUUACUUCUCUUACCGAUAAAACGAUAAUA